AUGGCGGCCAUAACUGCACCUAGCUUUGCCAUUAAUAGAACGACUGCAACUGAAGAAGACGGGUCGAACGACUUUUCAGACUAUGAAACAGAACUUCUAUCUACUACGUUGGAAAAUUCUCUCAACAUCAUGUCAAUUGUCAUUUACUCUCUGGCUUUUAUCCUGGGUUUGCUGGGCAAUGGCUUAGUGAUCUGGGUAACAGGAUUCAUGAUGAAGAAAACUGUUAACACUGUAUGGUUCCUGAACCUUGCUGUGGCUGACUUUCUCUUCACAGCUUUCCUUCCACUGAGUGUAGUCUACAUCGCUUUGAAAUUCCACUGGCCUUUCGGGGCAUUCAUGUGUAAGCUUAAUACUGCAGUUAGCACUCUUAACAUGUAUACCAGUGUUUACAUAUUAAUGGUGAUAAGUAUUGACCGAUGUGUGGCUGUGGUGUUCCCUGUUUGGGCCCAGAACCACCGUAGGGUCAAGAGGGCUUCCCAUGUGAGUCUUUGUGUUUGGGUAGUGGCUCUGAUUCUAAGCAUUCCACCCUUCAUCUUCAGGGACACAGGACCGGCAACCUCGGGCAGAGAUGUUACUCACUGCUUCAACAACUAUGCAUUUUCUGAUGACGACACACCCGAGUUAAAUCAGCUUCGACUGUUUCGCCAAAAGUCCCUAGCCCUGACUCGCUUCUUCCUAAGUUUUGUGAUCCCCUUCAGCAUCAUUGUCGCCUGUUAUGCUGUCAUCAUCCAUCGCAUCAGAAAGAAUGCCAACCUGGUUGGCCGAUCAAGUCGCACUUUUAAGAUCAUUGCUGCUAUUAUAAUUGUUUUUUUCCUCUGCUGGGCUCCCUUUCACAUCCUUGUUUUGGUGGAAGUAGCCAGUCAUGAGCUCAGAAGUGUAGUACUCCUAAAAGUUGUAAUGAUCGGGAGUCCAAUAGCCACAAGCUUGGCCUAUAUCAACAGUUGCCUUAAUCCGUUUCUCUAUGUGUUCAUGGGACAAGAUUUUAAGGAUAAAGCAUUCAAAUCAAUUUUGAGAGCACUGGAGAAUGCUUUCCAGGAGGAAGACGCUCAUGCAGAUUCAAAGACAUUUGAACUAGGUCAGAGCGAUCACAUCCCCCUCCUCACCCCACACAACACACCCGCCAUCACCUGCAACCAUGGCACUGGGACAGAGGGGGUGAAGACGGGGGAAAGAGAACAAGAAGUGGCCCAUCACUCCACCCAGCCAGAUUAUGAGGGGUGCCUGCCCCAAGAACUACACUAA